CGGAGCCCGGAAGCAGGGCGGGACCUCGGCUCUUUAUAAACAUGGCCGUUAAGUCGUUUACGGCGUCAGGUACUGCGUUUGGCUGAAUUAGUUAAGAGUUUGAGGAAGUCACUGAGGGUAACUUAAACAGUAACAGGUGUAAAGAAAAUGUAGACGCACAACCGGCGCCUGUAGUUUUUUGUCGUAGUUUUAUCUCUGCGUGGGAUGUUGAAACUUCAUGUAGUACUUUAUGCUAGCUAGCUAAUCGAGCUAACGCCGACGUCUCAACGGUAACUUCUGUCAACUUUUUUCCACCAGCUAGCAUAAUCUGCUACUUGACUGCUUGUCGAAAUGGAGGAGUGCCGUCGCUCGCCCAGGCUGUCUCGAUGAAUAUUUUGCACACGGGUGCCUUGGAUUUACUCAGCUAAGGUUCUGAUAUACGUUUUCUUGAAGGCUUCCUUUUGGAUUGUGUUUUUUUUCCUACUGGCAGCAGUCAAGCGUUUGCCAGGCGCCCGUUCAGGAUCAUCAUCGAGAGGGGCGGACAGAAACAAUGUUUUCUGGCAAACCCAUCAAACCAACCUUCAAGUGUUAUCUUCCUCCUGUUCAGACUGAUGUGAAGAAAAAUAUUGAACCACCGAUUAAAAAGUUGGACCCUAAGUUACUUCCAGGGGAGAUCGUAGUUAAUGAGGUGAACUUUGUGAGGAAAUGCAUCAGCGCUGAAAGCAACCAGGAUGACCCGUGGGGGAAGUUGAUAUGCACCAACUUUAAGGUGUCCUUCAUCCCUCAAGAAGCCCCCUCCAAGCAGAAAUCCCAGUUGUCACACCUGCUGCUUGGAGAGCAUGACAUCCCCCUAACCUGUCUGGAACAAGUUGUAACAGUUAAUGAUACAAAGGGGAAGAAGAAAGUACUGGGCUCAAACCAGAAGCUGAAGUUCAACCCCACGGAGCUCAUCCUGUACUGCAAAGACUUGCGUAUCAUAAGGUUCUGCUUCGAUGAGGCUGGGCCUGAGAGUGCAAGAAAGGUUUGCCUUGCCAUUGCCCACUACUCCCACCCAGCAGAUCUUCAACUGCUGUUUGGCUUUGAGUAUCAAGGACGGCGAUACCAUGAAUCUAAAGGGGAACGAGUCAAUGGCUCCACCCCAAGAGGAGGAAUGCAGACACCCAUUUUUGACCGUCCAUCUGACUGGGAUCGGGAGAUCAAGAGAACGAGUGCCUCAGAGUGGAGGGUGUGCUCCAUCAAUGAAAGCUAUGCCAUCUCACCAAGUCUCCCAGAGUACAUUGUGGUCCCAGUUUCUCUGGCAGACCAAGAUCUAAAGCAGUACUCAUUAUACUUCACUGAUAGACGCAUCCCUCUGUGGUGCUGGAAUCACCCCAAUGGGAGCGCUCUUGUCCGUAUGGCCUGCGUUGUCGAUCCAUUACAGCAGAGGAAGAUUGAUCAGAGGAUCUUCACCGCCAUCACAAAAAGCCACCCACAGCGCAGUGAAGUCAUCAGAUCUGAUCUGGACAAGUAUCUGCCUAAUAUCCAGGACAUCCAGAGUGCCUUUGUUAAAGUCAGGCAGAUCUGUGUCCUUGAUCCUUUUGAGGAGUCUGAGGAGAGGUGGCUUUCUUCCAUUGACAACUCCCGAUGGCUGGAGUACGUCAGGGCCUUUCUAAAACACUCUGCUGAGAUAGUGUACUACAUGGAGGGAAAGAAUGUCUCCGUCAUUCUCCAAGAGGAAGAAGACCGAGACCUCAACUGUGUGGUGUCCUCACUGGUGCAGCUCAUGUUGGACCCUCACUAUCGCAGCCUCAUUGGCUUUCAGAGUUUGGUGCAGAAGGAGUGGGUGAUGGCUGGCCAUCGCUUCCUGGACAGAUGCAACCACUUAAAGAAAAACUACAAAGAGGAGUCCCCACUGUUCAUGCUGUUCCUGGACUGCGUGUGGCAGAUGAUGAACCAGUACCCAGCAGCAUUCGAGUUCACAGAGGCCUAUCUGACAGUGCUGAGUGAUAGCAUGUGGAUCCCACUCUUCAGUACUUUCCUCUUCAGUUCUCCCAAACAGCGCACACAGCACUUGAUGGACUUUGCCAAAAAUAAAGCCAUCCCUCAAGGAGAAGACCAGGUUGUGUAUUUCCCUCCUGUCUGGGAGUGGUCACAGCAGUUCUCCAUCAAAGAUCAAACCCUCUUUAACAACCCCAUGUAUGUAGGCAAAGGAGCUGCCUGUGUUCAGAAUGGAGAGGUGAAAACCUUCAAACGCACAAAGCAGAAAACCUACAGUUCCACAUUGCGAGGAACAACCCCACUCAUGCGUAAUGGACUGAAGGAGGGAGAGGACACACUGACCCGUCGGGGCUCUCUUAUGUCAGAGCUGAAGCCUGAAUUCUCAGCAGUGAAAGAUGAAAGUCCGUCAGAGCGCUUCUUCAGGGACUGGUUCUCUCGACCUGCUGACCAGCAGGGCCUCCUGAUUCCCCUGUCCAUGCCCUCACACUUGUCUCUCUGGAAGCUCUUCUUCCUACGCUGGGUUCCUGAAGCCUGCAUUCCCAGAGGAGGGCCCAUCACCGCCUACCACAAGCUCUCCCAACUGGUUGAUGAGAUUGAGAUACUGCAGAGCAAGCUCAGGCAGUACAAGGGACCCAGUCCGGGCAACACGCCACUCCCAAGUCCAAGUGGGCCCCCUUCAGACCAAAGGAGGAUGUAUUUUAAGGCUAGUUCCCCAGACGACCCCCCUACCCCUCCAGACUUCCUUACCUCCUCCUUUCCUUUCACCCCAAUGGGAAACCUAUGCCGUCGCAGUGUCUAUGGGACUCCCAUCAGCAAGUUUCUGAAUGGGGCGAGGAUCUGGCUCUCCACAGAGACUCUUGCUAAUGACACUGUGUGAGGUUGUGUGCUUUGGAGGCUCGCUUUUCUGAGCCUAGUGCAGGUUUUUGUAAUAACUAAUCAUCUUAUUUUCUAUUACUUCUUUCUUAAAUAACAACAAGGAAACUGAGAAAUAGAAAAAUGCCAUUUUGGACUUUAAAUUAUUUAUAAGCUAGAAUUUGCACCAUUGAUGCUGCAUCCAAAUCUGAGGUAAUUUCUAAAUUGAAAUAGUAGAAUGGGAUCAUUACUGUCCAUUACAGUUGAGGAAUUCAGAUUCUUUCAAGCACAUCCUUCUUACUGGCCAGUGAACUGUUACUGUGAGGUCUCCUGACUGUGAAAGAUCAUAAUUUUUUACAAUAGAUGUAUUUUCUUGUCUUCUUAAGUCCUAGGUCUUUCCCAAGCUAAGCUAACUGCUCUCUUACUGUAUGGUAUGUCCCACACAAAGCAGGCUUUUUGAUAUUUUAAUAUUUGAUUGGGAUACGGUUGAGAGUCCCCUUUCCCAGAUUUACCUGUGAUUCAGUGCAAGUUCUACAGCAAUAAUAGAAAUGUAACUUUUCUAAGUAUGCAUGUUAUCAUUGGUCAGAAGGACUUCUCCACUGAAAUGGAAUAAUGAUAUUGAAAAACAGAAAAUACCUAUUUUUAUUGCAGCAGCAAUGAUGCAUUUCAGUGAACACUGAUUCCUAAGUACUCCUAUUGUUUGUGGAUUCCCGGAAAUUGAAUUAAGGAUGUAGUAUUUUACCUUUUUUUAUAUUUCAGAAAGAGGAACAGAAAAUGACACUGCUAACAAGUAUUUUAUUAUGUGGUUUAAACAAAAAGGAUCUGGCCUGGCUGAAUGUAAUGAGGCGUGUUUUCUUUCUUUCUUUCUUUUCUUUUCUUUUCUUUUCUUUUUUUGCACAGACUUACUGCUGUUUGCUGCAAGUGCCCAUAUUUUGAUGGUUUGUUUGGUUUUUGCUAUAGGUAGCAAAUGGUGUGAUUUCAGGGUCUAACUUUGUAGAUUUACUCUAUUUUUGAAGCAGCAAUAAGGGCUUAUAUUUUUAGUAUCAUGAUGCAUGUGAUACUGAGGGGAGGUGGAGAUGUGAGGACUUCAAUCUGUGGUAGAUAAUUCCUUUUCUCUUUUGAAGGGGUUUAAUUAAACUUUUAUAGAGGCCUUCUGGUAAGGCACGAGGAGAAACUGUUCAGAUGAAUGGGUAACAAUUUGAAACGAAAGGGACAGAUAAAUGUUUUGACUCAAACCAGUCCCUAGUUUAGUACAGAGUGAAUCAGAUUGCAGUCAUUGAAGUUGCUGAUCCAAUGAGGGUGACACAGUUUCACAAGCAGGACAAGAAAAAUAUCAGCAAUAAAUCACGUGGAUAUGUUUAAUAAAUGCACACCGAUGUGACAGGGGAGUCGGAUGUCUAGUCUUGACAGUCUUGAAAGUCUGAAAGCAUUAACUGUAUACACUAUGUAACAUACUGUACUCAUAGUUCUACUUUGCAGCAAGAACUGAAGUUACUGUAUUUACAGUCAGGAUGCUAAUAGUGAGGUUGAUGCACAAAGAUGCUCUGAGCAAUUAUUGACGCAAUUACAGAAUUUUCUUGGGAGAUCUCCUUGAGAAGUCUAUCACCAGCUGAACUAGGGACUGGUUGGAGACGCAUCUGGGCAAAUGGAUCAGUUAAAUUAUCACUGUGUAAUAACUUAAAAUGACAAGACAGCAUUUAUUAGCAAAGCCUUUGUAAAUCAGAAUAUAAGACCACUGGACAGACUUCGUGUCCGUCCUACUAUUAUAAAGGAGCAUUGAUCCUGCAGCGCUAGGUUGACCAGUUUCCAGUGAUAUAUGUUGAACUCAUGAUUCUUUGGCAAUAACUAGUUCAGGUGAUACUUAGGAUAGUGUAUAAUGUGAGUGCAAGCCUGCUCUCCCAAAUGCUAUUAAUUGCACAUUUUACUCCGUAUAUAGCAUAGAUUGUUUUAAGGCAGUUGAAUAUAAUUUGGCAAAUAUUAUAAAUACUGUAUAUGCUUGAAAUCAUCCAAUUAAUAUUUUUGAUUAAUGGUACUAAAUAACUUUUAUCCUCGAUUUAGUCUAUAUUUUAUGGAGAGAUAUUUAUAUGCUGUUUUUCCACUAAUUCACAAUGUUGCACUCUGCUGUAAUUGUAUGAUGACCACGUGUCCGUGUGGCACAGUUUGAUUUUGAUUAGCAGCAGAUGUAUUUAUUCAGUUAUGCAAAUGUUCUCUAAGAGCGAUGCAGUUGUGACUGCGCAUCCUCUGUGCCUUUUUGGGAAGAUUGACCAUUUUUGUAACUAUAUUCUAAAUCUGUUGACUUAUUGUAGUUUUCUGAAAGUGAUGAUUUUUACCAAUUCUGUAAAUCUAGUUAAAUUCAGAGGUACUGCACUGAAGCUGUUUUUUCCUAGCAGAAAAUAAAGCUCAAUUGUGUACCGGUAACCAAUCAUUACAUUAGUUGAAAUGAAA